GGUCUUAUCCUAGCCAUAGCAUGAUUUCUCCUACAUUAUAACUCAUGAGACCUCCAACAAAUACUAGCCCUAAAUUUCAACUCAAGCCCCCUCCCACUAAUAGGCCUCCUCCUAGCAGCAGCAGGAAAAUCAGCUCAAUUCGGUCUUCACCCCUGACUACCCUCUGCCAUAGAAGGCCCAACUCCAGUCUCAGCCCUACUUCACUCCAGUACCAUAGUCGUUGCCGGGGUGUUCUUGCUCAUCCGCUUCCACCCUCUAAUAGAAACCAACACAAUGAUUCAAAAUCUUACAUUAUGCCUGGGGGCUAUUACCACCCUAUUUACAGCCAUCUGCGCCCUCACACAAAACGACAUUAAAAAAAUUGUAGCCUUCUCCACCUCAAGCCAACUAGGCCUAAUAAUAAUCACCAUUGGCAUCAACCAACCAUACUUAGCAUUCCUACACAUCUGCACCCAUGCUUUCUUUAAAGCCAUACUUUUUAUAUGCUCCGGAUCCAUUAUCCAUAACCUAAACAACGAACAAGACAUUCGAAAAAUAGGAGGCCUAUUCAAAACAAUACCCCUCACCUCAACUUCCAUAAUCAUUGGCAACCUAGCACUUACAGGAAUACCCUUCCUCACAGGCUUCUACUCCAAAGACCUUAUUAUCGAAGCCACAAAUACGUCGUACACCAACGCCUGAGCCCUAUUCAUUACUCUCAUCACUACCUCCCUAACAAGCGCCUACAGCACUCGAACUAUCCUCCUCGCCCUAACAGGACAACCCCGUUUUCCAGCUCUAACAAACAUUAACGAAAACAACCCCACCCUACUAAACCCAAUUAAACGCCUCACAAUAGGCAGCAUAAUCACAGGAUUUCUUAUCACCAACAACAUCCCCCCCACCUCACUCCCCCAACCAGCAAUACCUCUCUACUUAAAACUCUCAGCCCUGUGCGCAACUGCCCUAGGCUUCCUAGCAGCCCUAGACCUCACCCUUAUAACAAACAAACUGAAAAUAAAAAACCCAUCACAAAUAUUCAAAUUCUCCAAUAUACUAGGAUAUUUUCCCACCACAAUUCACCGCACAAUCCCCUAUCAAAACCUACUCAUAAGCCAAAAUUUAGCCCUUCUCCUAUUAGACUCGACAUGACUAGAAAAAUCCAUACCUAAAAUAAUCUCACAAGCACACAUCACUGCUUCCAUAACUGUAACCACCCAAAAAGGCAUAAUCAAACUCUAUUCCCUUUCUUUCCUCAUCCCCCUCACCCUAGCCCUAAUUCUAAUGAUAUAACCUAUUACCCCGAACAAUCUCAAUCACAACAUACACACCAACAAAUAGUGUUCAACCAGCAACUACCAGUAAUCAACGCCCAUAAUCAUAUAAGGCACCCGCACCAAUAGAAUCACCUCGAAUCAAUCCUGACCCUUCCCCCUCAAAAAUCACCCAAUCACCAGUAUCACUAAAACCAACCACCACUACUACCGCCUCAUCCAAACUUAAAACCCAUAAAACCAAUAUCACCUCCAUUAUCAACCCUACUAAAAGACCCCCUAAAACCUCAAAUUCCGAACCUCAUGUCUCAGGAUACUCUUCAAUAGCCAUUGCAGUAGUAUAACCAAAAACAACCAUCAUACCCCCCAGAUAAACUAAAAACAUCAUUAAACCCAUAUAAGCCCCCCCACAACUUAAAACAAUCACACAACCAAUCACACCACUAACAAUUAACGCCAGACCCCCGUAAAUAGGAGAAGGCUUAGAAGAAAACCCCACAAACCCCAUAACUAAUAAAACACUCAAUGCAAACAAAAUAUACGUCAUUGCUUUCACAUGGACUCCAACCAUAACUAAUGGUACGAAAAACCAUCGUUGUACUUCAACUAUAAAAGCACCAAUGAUUCCAAUACGCAAAUCCAACCCAAUCAUAAAAAUAAUCGCUCCUUCAUUGAUUUACCCGCCCCACCCAACCUCUCCAUGUGAUGAAACUUCGGCUCACUUCUUGCAGCCUGCCUAAUUUUACAAAUCAUCACAGGCCUACUCCUAGCAAUACACUACUCACCAGACACCUCCUCCGCCUUCUCCUCAAUUGCACAUAUCACCCGAGAUGUGAAGUACGGCUGGAUCACUCGCUACCUCCACGCCAAUGGCGCCUCUAUGCUCUUCAUCUGCCUUUUCCUACACAUCGGCCGAGACCUUUACUACGGCUCAUAUCUCCUCUUAGAAACCUGAAACAUUGGCAUUAUACUCCUUCUUAUAACCAUAACAACAGCUUUCAUGGGUUAUGUUCUCCCAUGGGGCCAAAUAUCAUUCUGGGGGGCAACGGUAAUCACAAACCUACUAUCAGCAAUCCCGUAUAUCGGAACCAAUCUCGUCCAAUGAAUCUGAGGAGGAUAUGCCAUCGACAGCCCCACUCUCACACGAUUCUUCACCCUACACUUCAUCCUGCCCUUCAUCAUCAUCGCCCUCACAACCGUGCACCUACUAUUCCUACACGAAACAGGAUCAAACAACCCUUGCGGAAUCUCCUCCGACUCGGACAAAAUCGUCUUCCACCCCUACUACACAACCAAAGACAUCCUAGGCCUAGUCCUCCUUCUCUUUAUCCUAGCGACACUAACAUUACUCUCACCCAACCUCCUAAACGACCCAGAUAACUACAUUCCAGCCGACCCACUAAAUACUCCCCCACAUAUCAAGCCAGAGUGAUACUUCCUAUUUGCAUACACAAUCCUACGAUCCAUCCCCAACAAACUGGGAGGCGUACUAGCACUCUUCCUAUCGAUCUUCAUCCUAGCAGCCAUCCCCAUACUUCACAAAUCCAAACAACAAAGCAUAAUAUUCCGCCCACUCAGCCAAUUUCUAUUCUGACUCCUAAUAACAGUCCUAUUAACCCUUACCUGAAUUGGAAGCGAACCAGUAACCCAACCCCUUACCACUAUCGGCCAAGUAGCAUCCAUAAUAUACUUCAUCACAAUUCUAAUCCUAAUACCACUGGCCUCCCUAAUCGAAAACAACCUACUCAAAUGAACUU